AAGUGAGGAUGAGAGUAUGACGUCACAUGAACAGGAAGAUUGUUUUGUUUUCCAUUGAUCUCUCACAACAAACGUGAGGUUCGACAUUUACAGGAAUACUUUGAAAAAUGGACUCGUUUAACUUGAAAAAAUUUGCUCGUGACGCGGGGUCAGCGUUGAGCCGAGUGGUACAGCUGACUGAAGAAAAGCUAGGAACCUCUGAGAGAACUGAACUUGAUGCUCACUUUGAAAAUUUAGCAGAGCGUUCUGAUGCUACCAAGUUAUGGACUGAAAAACUCCUCUCUGAUACAGAGGCAGUGCUUACACCAAAUCCGGGCAAACGUGUGGAGGACUUCCUCUUUGACAAAAUUGAAAAGAAACGACCGAAUCGUUUGAGCAACCUUGAGUACCUUGGUCUAGAUAUGAUUGAUGCUGGCAAUGAGUUUGGGCCAGGCACUGCAUAUGGGAGUGCAUUGCUUAAAGUUGGGCAGUGUGAGCAAAAACUUGGAACAACGGAAAGGGAUUUUAUUGCAUCUGCCAACCAUUCCAUUGUGGCACCUUUUCGUAAAUUUUUGGAAGGUGAAAUGAAAACUAUUGUGCGAGAAAGAGGCCUUCUUGAAACAAAACGUUUGGACCUUGAUGCCUGCAAGAACCGUGUCCGUAAGGCUAGAAGCAUGCUGGGUACCCAAAACAAGGAGGGUCCUAGCCCUGAGAUAGUUCUAAGACAGGCUGAACAAGAUUUGCGGGUUGCCCAAGCUGAGUUUGACCGCCAAGCUGAAAUAACAAAGCUGCUCCUCGAAGGUAUUAGCAGCUCCCAUGCAUCUCACCUGAGAUGUUUACAUGAGUUUGUUGAAUCACAAGUGAGGUACCAUGCGCAGUGCCACCAAUUGAUGCAAGAACUCCAGCGUGAUCUUGCCAGUGAUAGAAAACCAAGUCCCAUGUUGCGUAUCAACAGUGAAGAAGUGGAACUUGUACCUCCGGAGAACAAUAGCACUAACUCACCACCAAACUGAUGCUCCACUCCCAGUGAAUUCUAUGAGAUUUGCAAGAGUCCUCUUAAUCUAAUCUUUACUUUUGUCUCCUCUUUGAACUCUCAUGAAUUUAAACUUAACUCUCUUAGAAGCUAGAUUUCUGAAUUUUCUUUUUCUCUUCAGUAUUUCUUUACCAUUCCCUUGCAGCCUUUCUCGUGUACUGUACACUGAAUCCCUUUCUUUGCAUAACCUGUAUGUGGGUAUGCACUACAAUAGGUCUUUGUGGGACUGUCCCUGGAUGUGGUUCAGCAGUAUUCAAACAUACAUGCUUUUCUUUCUUGCAAUUGUAACAUUUUGACAUCUUCUUGUUCUUCUCUUGAUAAUUGCUUCCUUCAUGCUCGCAAAGCCAGUGCCUUUAUUUUGUUUACUGUUAAUCAGUACUUGGAUUGAUAUGAUAACUAUAAUCAUUCAUUCCAAGUGCAAAUUUAUUUUACGGUAAAAAAUAUUUCUGUUAAAUUCUUCAAAUUUUAUUGAACAAUGAUGUACAAGACUUUUGCCCCAGAAGUGCCUUGGUGGGCUCAUGAAGGUGCUUGUUUCAUACCAGGGUUUGUUGUUAAGCUUUAUAUUCUAGAUGUUAUGGCUGUAGCUUUUAUGUUAUACACAAUGUAGUGAGGGGCUCACAACAUUGUGAUGUUAUACAUUAUUCUCUCUCAUUUUUUGUACCAUUUUUAUUGUUAAGUUUGAUUUGAAAAUUCUUCUGCAAUAUUAACUUUAUUCACUUGCAAGGGUACUUCAUAGCCAAACAAUUAAUUUAGUUGAAUCAAGAUUUUAAUUUCUACACGCAGAAUAGCUCAAUCUUUAUUUGAACAUGUCCGUUCAUUCAACCUGCGGCCAUUUAUUUACACCUGCUUGGCCCCAGGCCGGGCCUAUGAAGCAGGUGUGAGUGUUAUGAUUUUGAUUUCUGGAAAUCAAAGAAAUGCAAGCCAGAUGAGUCAUUUAGUUCUGUGGUGGACUCUAGAAAAAAAAUGCCUUUCAUUCAAGUCAAUCUUUGAUAUUGUAUUGAAAUUUAAGCUGAGUGUAUUUGUUAGACAUAAUCAUGCAUAUUUUUAAAAGUUACAUAUAUUUGUACUCAACUAACGUGUUUCUCAAUAGUUUUAGGUCUAGAUAGUAGCCAAUUCGUCAUUUUUCAAAUUGUUGUGAUAAUUUUUCUUUUCAAGUGAAAUUGUUACAGUUGAUAGGUGCCAUAUUUUUUUGGAAAAUUGGUUAAUAAACCUCAAUUGAGCAAUUAGGAUUUUAUUUAUUUAGUAUAGAGCAAUAACCAAUGUCAAUAACUGUAUCUAUUAGAAUAAUUUGGAGUUUCCCGCUAUCUGUCAAAGGGCUAUUGUAUCAAUGUUGCAAUGCGAUCAAACUUUUUAAAAUCUACCGUAACUAAUCUUGUGGGCAAAAAUUGGACAGGAAUGAAUCUGAAAGGAUUUUGUCUUAGACCCUUUAACUCUUAUGCAUUCCGGAGAAUAGAUUGUGUAGCAAACUCUAACCAAAGUUUACCCAUAGUUUUGUUUUAAUUUACAUUUUUUCUUUCGAACAAGAAACACUAAAACAUGCCUACAUUGUGCUCAGAAUGUUCAAUUGUAUGCAUAUCACAUUCUUUCUCCAUAAAACAUUCCAAUGAAGAGGUUGUUUUAUUUGUUUCAGAAGCUAUUUUCUUUGAAUGCCCAUUUUUUGGCAGUAGUAUUGGGAUUCAUGUCUAUCAGGGAUGAUGUAGUUUUCUGUACAACUUGGUAACAUUCCAGCCAUUUACAUGUUAAUUCUGAUUAACAUACUUUUGAAUCCCUGCAAUAAGAAAUCUCCUCUUUAUUUUGUUGAUUUUGGUAUAUCGGAAGGUUGAAACCAAAGAAACUUCAAAUAUAUACUCACAGCAAUACAGUAGGUAAUUUACUUGAUUUUAUGUGAUGAGGAAGUUGUCGUGAAGAAAUGAUCUGUGUAAGGUGUCAUGAAAUAGUGCUCCAUUCUGAUGUCAAAUGAUGAAUAAUGAUCUCUUUGUCCUUUUUAUUGGAUCAUCUGUAUACGAACAUUUUAAAAAACAUCAGUAAUUAAUUUCAUCUUGAAAAUUUAUUUUAUUGUUCCUUAUGCCUCUUGCCUUUGUGCAGAAUUGGUCAGAUUUUUGUCGUGUUCUCCCCAUAGCUUCCGUUGAACUUCCAUUUGUUUCAAAAGGGGCAUAGCUUUUUGACAUUAUUGUGCAGUUAGUGAAUGUGUCCACAUUCCUAUUUAAAAAAUUAUAAAGUGUUCUAUAUUCUAGUUUUGGACAAUACAUUUAUAAUGGAGCUUUCCUUUCAGCUUAAGGGCUUGUUUACGAUUCUGGUUGACAUAUUAAACAGUAUCUGUUGUGAAGUA